GUUGAGUCAUUUAUGUUAGCAACUUGAAGAACUCGUCAAAAGAACUUGAUGUACCAAAAAUCACCGCGCAUACUCGGUCAAUCAGAUCUACCGUCGACGAGCGGUCAUUAGCAAAAGUUUGUUCGGCGAGCAUGCGAAGUUUCGGUAACGCUGCAAAUUUGUUCCCAUAGUUUUGAAGCUUUACGAGGAAAUCUGUUUUGGCGAUCAGGUGGAAUCAGUCCAAUGGACCUUCGACACCAUAGACACCAUAACCAGUCAAGGCGAACUGAGACCGUUGGCUGAAUUUUUGUCGAAAAAACAAUUCGAUCUGGUGAUCAACCUGCCGAUGCGUAACGCUGGAGCUAGGAGGGUGUCCUCGUUCAUGACCCACGGAUACAGAACCAGAAGGUUGGCCAUAGACUACUCGAUUCCGUUAGUGACAGAUGUCAAAUGUACCAAGCUUUUGGUUGAGGCUCUGAGGCUGAUAGGAACCACCCCACCUUCGAUGAAAACCCAUACGGACUGCAUUAGUUCGCGAAGACUCCUGAAACUUCCAGGCUUCAUCGAUGCUCAUGUCCACGUUAGAGAACCUGGAGCUACGCACAAGGAAGACUUUUCCAGCUGUACCGCGGCCGCUUUGGCGGGAGGUGUCACGCUUAUUUGUGCGAUGCCCAACACCGAUCCGGCUAUUGUUGACGAGGAGUCGCUGAUUUUGGCUAAGAAGUGCGCUAAAAAAGGAGCCAGAUGCGACUAUGCCCUUUUCGUAGGCGCCUCGUCCGAGAACACCUCAACAAUCUCAGAAUUCGCGGCCGAUGCAGCCGCAUUAAAAAUGUACCUGAACGAAACCUUCACCACUCUCCACCUCAAAAACAUGGACGUAUGGACCAAACAUCUCUCAAACUGGCCGAGAACUGCCCCGCUGUGCGUCCACGCGGAAAAAGAAACUCUGGCCGCGAUUUUGUUGCUGGCCAACCUACAGAACAGGUCGGUACACGUGUGCCACGUAGCCAGAAAGGAAGAGAUAUCGCUGAUCAAGGCGGCGAAGGAAAAAGGACUGAAGGUCACUUGCGAGGUGUGCCCGCAUCAUUUGUUUUUGAGUACCAAUGAUGUGGAGAGGUUGGGACCGAAGAAGAGUCAGGUUCGUCCUGUCCUGGUAACCCCAGAAGACCAACAAGCCUUAUGGGACCACCUGCACGUCAUAGACUGUUUCGCCACCGAUCACGCACCACACACUCUAGAAGAAAAAACUAGCGAAAAGGCACCGCCAGGUUUUCCAGGAUUAGAAACAAUCCUUCCGCUACUCCUCAACGCUGUCAACGAAGGCCGGUUGACCAUCGAUGAUCUGGUCAACAAAUUCCAUAAAAAUCCGAAGAAGAUCUUCAGCUUGCCGUACCAGCAAAACACUUACGUUGAGGUAGAUCUGGACGAAGAAUGGGUCAUCCCUGAGGCUAUGCCGUUCAGUAAGGCCAAGUGGACGCCUUUCGCUGGAAUGAAGAUUAAAGGGGCUGUCCACAGGGUGGUCCUCAGAGGCGAAAUCGCUUACGUAGAAGGCCAAGUUCUCGUCCAACCAGGUUUUGGUCAGAACGUCAGAGAAUGGGAGCUCAGGAUAAAUCCAUUGGACUCACGUCCUCCGUCGAUAUUGGCACUUGACAGGCCUGCUUCCCCCUCUCCUCACCAGAUGGACGACGAUGAUGGGCAGACCAACGAGAUUUUCUUGAAAUUGCUAUCUACAGGAAACAAGGUGCAUUUUGGUCAAGAGCCACACAUAGAAACCAGACUACUGUCUCCAGUUCCUCCAAGGCUCAGAACAGAAAGUUUCUCGAGCGUUGAACGCAAAAAGACUGGCAGCCAAAUCGACAUCACCCAGUCGCAUCCUCACCACGGUUUGACUGGAAAGCACAUCCUUAGCGUUGAUAUGUUUACGAAGGAGCAGCUGAACGACAUUUUCAACUUGGCUCAAACGCUCAGGGUGUAUACCGCGAAAGACCGACCUUUGGAUCAAAUAUUAAGAGGUAAAAUCAUGGCGUCCAUAUUCUACGAGGUGAGCACCAGGACAAGUUGCAGCUUUGCAGCUGCCAUGCAGAGGUUGGGAGGCAGAGUGAUUUACAUGGACGAAACCAGCUCGUCGGUAAAGAAAGGAGAGACUUUGGAAGACUCUAUUGCCGUAAUGGCGGGAUACUCUGAUGUGCUCGUGCUCAGACAUCCAACACCAGGAUCAGUUAUGAAAGCAUCACAGCACUGCCGAAAACCCCUUAUAAAUGCUGGAGACGGCAUUGGAGAACAUCCUAGUCAAGCGUUGCUGGACAUUUUCACAAUUCGAGAAGAAAUUGGUACCGUCAACGGACUGAACAUCACUUUGGUUGGAGAUCUCAAAAAUGGAAGAACUGUUCACUCUUUGGCUCGAUUACUGACUUUGUACAACGUACAACUAAGAUAUGUCAGUCCUCCAUCCUUAAGAAUGCCUAGCCAUGUAGUAGAUUUCGUGAAAGAACACGGAAUAUCACAAGAAGAGUACAGCAGCUUAGAAGAAGUUUUGCCGGAUACAGACGUAUUGUAUAUGACGAGAAUUCAGAGAGAGAGGUUCGAAACCCAAGAGGAAUAUGAAAGGGCUUGCGGACAUUUCAUUGUGACUCCAAAACUGAUGACCAGAGCCAAAAAGAAGAUGGCGGUGAUGCAUCCUUUACCGAGAGUCUUCGAAAUCAGCACAGAAUUUGACUCUGACCCUAGAGCGGCUUAUUUCAGGCAAGCAGAGUACGGCAUGUAUGUUAGGAUGGCCCUACUUGCUAUGGUCUUAGGGAAAUGCUGAUCAUGUUACGUUAUAUGAAUUUACAUUGACUUCCAUUAUGCAUCCUUUUGUAAGAAAAAUUACACUGAAUAAAGAAUAUGUUUACUA